AAAAGCCUGUGAUCCUUUUAAAACUGACUUAAAUCAUUCAAGACGUCCAAGCUUAUCUGGGGGAUUUACAAGUGCUGUUUGCCUGUGGAAAACGGGUUUUUACUUAAUGAUGGGGCAGGAAAAAAAAAAGGUGGGGGGCUUUAUUCGUGCCUGUAAAACAAUAUCCAGAUGUUGUCUUGUUUGCUGUGGGUGUAAGAGAUCUAGAUGGAGAGAAAGAAUUGCUCUGCCUUCUCUUUACAAGUGUUUUUCCUCCUAGUGUCUGUGAGAGCAAGUUUGUUAUUGAUUUUCAGUGAUUAUAUAGUUGGGGGGGGGGGUCGUCCUUCGGCACGUACUUCCCUGUCAGUGGAGAAAUCAGUUUAGGCUGGCGUCAGGCGAAACCUCACCAGAAUAUUUUAAAAUCUGUUACCUAUCCUUAUGAGAAAAAAGAGUUAUGUAAGUUUUCCGUGGUAGGUAUAAGGAAUGUAAACAAUUCUGACUUUGGAAACAUUAGGAACAUGGUUCCCAACCUAUGGAUAAUGGGUUUUAUACCCUGUGUAUAAUUUCAUGGGAGUCUAGACUGUUCUCAGCUAAUAAAUGUUAUACUGGGUGAAAUUUCCACGUUGUUCCUGUGAAGCUAGUUUUUUUUUUUUUUUUUUUUUUUUUUUUAAUCUCCUCUCUGCACUUCCGUGUUUAGCUGCCUGAAGGGCAUAAGAAUGUGUUGUUCAACAGAGGUCUCUUGACCUCAUGAUUUCUUUAAGUCACCAGUUAGGAAAAUUACAACCAAGGCAGCAUUCAACUUGGCAAAAUUAAAGACCAAAAUUUGUCCCAUUUCAUUCACACAUUUCAGUUUAUCUCUUCUGAUCAGAAGAUAUCUUAAUCUUCCUUUUUUGUUUUUACCUUAAAGGAAGGAUUUUGAAAAAAAAAAUCACAAGUGAUUCUUAAAGUUCCUUUUCUGAAACCUCAGAAUCACACACACACACAAUUGUCAAUCCCAGAUCCUACCCCUUUUUUUCCUUCUCUCAUAAACAUUUAAACAAAUACGUAAUGAUCAACAAUAGCCUUAGGUAAUAAGUUCUCUCAAUUUAAAAUUGUCCUAAAAAUCCAAAGAGUCAAAUACAGAGACCGUGUGUUUUGAAAUGCCAUCAUUUUAUGAAAGCUAAGUAUCAGGAGAUUUCUGCUCGAACAAGUAAGCUCUUACCUUACACACAGCUCCCCUUGGCGCUUGUACUUUUUAGCCAUUUUCCUCCUUCCCUAGUCAUCAGUAUAAUAAAUGACCACGCAGGGGGCAACCCAGAGGUUGUAAGACAAGUCUCCGCAAAAGUUUGGAAGGCAGAAAAGCGUCACCAAGUCGCCAGUAGCCGGAUCUCAGAAAUGCUAAGCAAGUAACGGAGCUGACAGGUCCUCACCGAGUUAAGUAAAUGCACAAGGAGUUUGGAGGGGUUAGAGAAGGAGACAGCUGAUUUGUGUGAUUCUGGUUGCUUAAGGAAAACACAUUUUUAAAAAUCCCUCCCACCCUCUCAGCACUCCUUCCUCCCACCAACAGUUGUGGUCGUUUUACAGAAAGAGCUGUUUCCCCAACUUCCCCUCCCCACACUUCCAGCCGGUGCAGACAGCCCGUGUUUGGGGGGGGGGGAGACCCGAGGCUCCCCGCUGCCAGCAGCCCCGGGGAGCCAACAAAAGCAGGUCCGCUGGCUCCCUGCACUCUCUUGCUCUGCCUUAGCGUGGGAGAAACCAUGGAAGGGCUGAACUUUCUUGUUUUGGGAUGUGCCUGUGUAAUUAUACACCUGAACGACAGCAUGCUUCAUACAAGAAGAACCACCAAUGUGUGGCUUUAGGCACCAAAUAGAGGCAAACUUUUUCAGGCCGAAUCACUCAAUGUCAAGCACCUGACACCUUUCCUGCCGCACCUCCUCUCAUGUCAGAGACAUGGGGCGGCCCACCAACGUCCUUCCUCCCACUGCUUCAGGGUCCAGAGCUGAUGGUCGAGUAUUUCUUUGGCUGGUGGACACAGCAGAAUCUUAGAACCGGCACAAGAGUCCCCAGGGUCAGCCGUGAGCGUGGCAGAGUUGCCGAGGACUGCUGGAGGCACUACAGAGGAGGUAAUAUUCAACCUGACCUUUGAAGCAAGAGGGAGUUCACGGAGCAGCAAAGCUCAGGACGAGCCCCUGAGGAAGGAGCUGCUGCCCAUUCAUGGAGCCAAGGACGCGUUGAGCUGUCGGGAAAGGGCAAGUUCACACCCAGACCAAGUCCUGCAGGCACCAAGAUGAAGAGGGAGUCAGAGCCAGGGCUUAGGAGAGCCUGUUGCUUUGCAAAGGUGUUUGGGAUUUAUCCCGUCAGCCGUGGAGGCUGCUGGAGGAUUUGUGAACUGUCCGAAUUACUACCCUUUAGAUGAGCAGUAGCAGAGUCCCAGGGUAGCCAGGCGGGUGAAGGGGAGCGAGGACGUCCCACUUGCCUUGAAGAAGACGCCACCUGACCUGCUGAGUGGUCCCAGGAGUCCGACAAUGGAAGCCAUCCAUGUUGGCAUGUCCAGUCCUCCCCUGGUGAAGCCCACGAUGGGAGCUGGCCUCAAGACCAGCAGACCCCGAGUCAUGUCCAAGAGUGGACACAGCAACGUGCGAAUUGACAAAGUGGAUGGCAUAUACUUGCUUUACCUCCAAGACCUGUGGACCACUGUCAUUGACAUGAAGUGGAGAUACAAGCUCACCCUGUUUGCUGCCACCUUCGUGAUGACCUGGUUCCUUUUUGGAGUGAUCUACUAUGCCAUCGCCUUCAUUCAUGGGGACCUAGAGCCCAGUGGGCACUCUUCAAACCGCACCCCCUGCAUCAUGAAAGUGGACUCCCUCACGGGGGCAUUCCUCUUUUCACUGGAAUCCCAGACGACCAUCGGCUACGGCGUCCGCUCCAUCACGGAGGAAUGCCCUCAUGCCAUCUUCCUGCUGGUGGCUCAGCUGGUCAUCACGACCUUGAUUGAGAUCUUCAUCACGGGCACCUUCCUGGCCAAAAUCGCGAGACCCAAGAAGCGGGCGGAGACCAUCAAGUUCAGCCACUGCGCUGUCAUCACCAAGCACAAUGGGAAGCUGUGCUUGGUGAUCCAGGUGGCCAACAUGAGGAAGAGCCUCCUGAUUCAGUGCCAGCUCUCGGGCAAGCUCCUGCAGACCCACGUCACCAAGGAGGGCGAGCGGAUCCUCCUCAACCAGGCCACCGUCAAAUUCCACGUGGACUCCUCUUCCGAGAGCCCCUUCCUCAUCUUGCCCAUGACCUUCUACCACGUGCUGGAUGAGACCAGCCCCCUGAGGGACCUCACCCCCCAGAACCUCAAGGAGAAGGAGUUUGAGCUUGUGGUCCUUCUCAACGCCACCGUGGAGUCCACCAGCGCCGUCUGCCAGAGCCGCACAUCUUACAUCCCGGAGGAGAUCUACUGGGGCUUUGAGUUUGUGCCUGUGGUUUCUCUCUCCAAAAACGGCAAGUACGUGGCUGACUUCAGUCAGUUUGAACAGAUCCGGAAGAGCUCAAAUUGCAUCUCUUACUGUGCAGAUUCUGAGAAGCAGAAACUUGAGGAGAAGUACAGGCAGGAAGAUCAGAGGGAAAGGGAACUGAGGACUCUUUUGCUGCAGCAGAGCAAUGUCUGAUGGCAGUGAUGUCCCCUCAGCUUAACUCCAGGCUGCUUCCAUGUCUGGGCUCCCUGCAAAAGCAAAAGUCACCUCAAAAAGGAAAAUGUGUGGACAUGCUCUGAAAAACUGUGCAGACGUACAGACCUUUUCCUUUGAUCUGGAGGGAAAACAAGCAUUUCCACGUCUGAGAGGGUUCCUUUCUUUUUAACGCUUUGUCUGAAACCAACUCCCCAAAUUCAAAUUUUCUAAAAUGGGGCUGCCUCCCAAAGAACUCAGUGGAAGGCAAUUGAAACAAUGUCCUGCUGGGUGGAUAGAACUUUCUCAAGGCUGAUAUGGAAAGGAAAGGCAUUUCUAUAUAAAGUACAAGGUAUUUAUUCAUUCUAAGUAUCAAAGAUGUUCCAGCCGAGAGGUGAAAUGUGGUUCAGUAUCCACUUAUAUCUUUGUUUCAAAACAAACCCUUUUUUUUAAGCAGCGAAAAUGUGAUUUAUAAUGGAGGCUAUCUGAUAAUACAUACAAAGGGGCAGACGGACUCUGCACCCACAACAUAUAAUAAUUCCAUUUUUACCUUUUUCAGUGACUUUAAUUACACAGAGUGAAAUUGAUUGAAUCAGGAAUUAACAGUUAUGAAAACACGUGCAAAUGGAGCUGAUGUGAUGGCUCACACUCAUGCUUUUGUUGGAAUAUACUAGACUCUUCCUUUUCAAACUGCGGUUCGCAGACCAGCAGCAUCAGCACCAUUCAGGAGUUUAUUAGGCACUUAGCCCCACCCGGACUUGGGGAAUCAGGCUCUGCAUCUUAACAAGACCCCUAAGUGAUUCAUGUAAAAAUGGAAGUUUGAAAAUCUCUACUCUGGACAAUGUUUUCAAAGUAACUUUCUGAAGCCAGGGGACUCUGGACGGACCUGUCCUUUCUCCAGUUCAUUAUCAUGGGUCAAUAUUCCUUUCAGCCAUUCAUUCUUUAUCCAUUAGAAUACCUUGUCCACAAAGGAGCUGCCACAGACAUUCCAAGAACAAAAUAAUGCUCUUGGGAGUAAUGGCUGUCCCUCUCAUGCUAAGUACAUGUUUGUUGAUUACAGGAGAGAAAAGUUAAGCUGCAUAACAGUCAGAAAUUUGCUCAUAUGUGAAAGCUCAUAUGGUUGGUCGGGGCCGUGAGGAACAAGAGGAGCUGAGGAUAAGGAAUUGAAAUGCAGAGGACUCUUUGAAGCGUGAACAAAAUUUCAUAAUCUGAUAUCAUGUAAAAGAUGCCCUCAGUAUUUAAAUAAAUCUCUUACAACUCCGUGUUAACAGAGGUAACAUUUUGCCUUUGGUUGAAUUUAGGGGCCAGACACCCAGCAUUUCUUUGGGAAAGAGAAUACAUGGGAUGGAUUGGCUAAAGGUGCAAAAGAUGAGUUUUCGUUUCAUUCAAACCAGGACAGAUCUGUGUAUUCACUCCAGAAGAACGGGAAGUAAGUGCGUAGGCACCACGCAGAGGUACCCGUGAGCCCACAAAUGUGUACCUACAGACCUGCACACAAACCCCCACACAGAGGGAUGCGUGCCCUGGCUCUUCAACCCGAAUGACGGAAACAUCCAUGAAGACCUUUGUGAUUAACAGAGCGAGUCCUCAACAAGUUUGCUUACUAUAUUUUGUUCUACAAGAACCGGAACACCGGGACUCAGAGAAGAAGGGGCAAGGAAUCUGGAUUCCGAUUAUCAGUGAAAUGAUGCUCUGCAUUACAGCACAUCUGGUCACAUCAUGAUGUUAACAUGUUUUCAAGUGUCCUUCCACUAACAGAAAAUGUGGCUAAGACCUCUGACCUGGUACUGAACAUUUAAUGCAGGUGUAAGAAUAAUGGGGGUUAAGUUGUAAAGGUUUAAAGAAACAAUCUCAAUGCACAAGAGGUUAUUAUCUUUAAUUAUUCAGGAAGGUUUUUAUUUUCUAUUGAUGAUUUUAUGGCAGAUUGUUUUAGAUCUUCAUUCUCUUAAAAAAUCAAAUUAGUGUAGAUAGAUAUUAGUUCUUUUAGUUAUUAAACCUUUUUUUUUAUUGUAUAAUAUGAUAGGAAAAUAAUGCCACAGGCAUGUUUACAGUUUUUCUGUUGCACAACUAAAUUUUUUUUCACAAUAUUUAGAGGUGUGCUGAUUUGACUGUGAUCAAGCUUAGGAAUCUUGCAUUCUUGUAUAUCGUGCAAAGAUGUAGCAUAAGAUUGAGAAAUCUUUUUGUGUGUUGAUUUAGCGUAUUUAUUUUGGCCAAAUUUGGAAGACUUGAUCAUCUGAUCUCUUGCACUACACACAAAAUAAAUAUGCAGUGCCUUAAAAUCCAAUAUUUGUACAGGUCAUUAAAUCAUAUUAUAACACAAUAUUCAAUAAAUAGCUCAAAAGUUAUGUCCAGUUUGAAAAUAGCAUUUUCCAGGCACACUUACUUAUUAUUACUUUGUACAAAAUCCUCUUGUGUUAAUGUGCUAACAAAAGGAUUCAGGUGGCAGAAUUAUUUGAUUAUAUUUGGACAUGACUCUGACUGAAACAGAUUCAUGCUUAACACCCAACUAAGAAUUGUCAAACUAACAGGGUGUUUUGACCCCCAAAAAAGUUUUUGUUUGCAUUUUGUAGCAUUUCCAGUGCAUCAGAUCUCAGUGAGACCAUUUGAAAAUGUUGUGUUCUAUUUGAGAAAUCACAAAAAGCAGCAAGCAAAUCAGUAUAAUCUGCAAGCCGUGUUUUAUUUCAAUAAUAAAAUAUAUUGUAAUUACUUGGUACCCAGCAGCCAAUGGCCCCAGACAGCAUAGCAAAUAUUUACUCGUUGACAGUCACAAGCCGUCUUUGGUUAGUGGACCAGGUAUUUAAAUGAAUUUAAACAUUCGUUUUAUUUUUCUUUAAAUCAAGCUUUCAAUUUUAAUUGACUGAUUUCAAUCCCAUCAAAAUGUAAUUAAGACAUAUAAAAAGGAUAUAUGCACAACUGAAUCACUAUUCUGUGCACCAGAAAUUAAUACAGCAUUGUGAACUAACUACAUUUCCAUAAAAAAAAAUGUUAAGACAUAUGAAAAACGACACCUGCUCCAGUAUGAAUCUUUCUCCCUUGCUUAGAUCCUCAGUACUCAUACGCCAUCUGGAGAAAGAAGAAAAGAGAAAAGCAAAGCUAGGAAGACACGAGGCCUUUGCAUGGUAGCUCCUUUGCAAGGAUCCCCCUCAUCCUUGGGCUUGGUUCUAUAUUUGGUCACUGUGGUCAAAGGGUCAGACAUCCAACCAUUUGCAUAAAGAAACCUUUUAGUCUCUCAGUCUGGACUUUUCUUCUUGCUAGAUUUUAUCAGGGAAAUAUUUGAAAUGACUAGUUUUGAAUGCAAGUUAUUUUAUCAUAGUUUUCUGGGAUGGGAUUUUCUUCUAAAUGAAAGGGAUUAGCAUUUCAAGUCUUGAUUUCCACGUUCCGUAGUGUGUACUCCACUUCCAGCAUUCGACUUUGCAUAGGCUUAAGGUGCACUUAAGUUUUUUUCCGCUGGGAAGACUUACUCUUGAAGGUCUAAACCUUAACACUUCCCUUCUAACUGAUUGAGUACAUACAUUUUGCCUUUUGUGAAUUUCAGUUUAUCUUUAAUCAGAAUGAUCUACCAACUGGUCCUUGGGUCUGUGAACAGUAAUGAAUAGAUUUGCUCUCAGAGUAAGCUGCUUUAUGAACAGAGUUCAAAUCUCCAGGGUGAGAAUUUGCAAUGAAACAGUAUAAUUAGAAUUUAAUUGGAAUUUUAAAGAAUAAAGGAUUUACUUAACUUCUUGAGGCAUUAGUGUUUGUCAGUAGAUUUUGUUUUUAUUGUUGUGUUGUUUUGAUUUUCUAAAAGAAAUCUGAAACAAAGUCUUUAUCUUCAGAGUAAGGAAGGCAGUGAGAAAUGUGUAAAAAAUAAAAACUAAUAGUUGGUCAACUAGACUUCCACAUAAGAAGACUUCUGUUAGUGGAAAAGAAUUUCUUUGCAGGGGAGAAUUUGGUCAUUCGUUCUUGCAUUACAACAGAUUGUGUCAACGUUUUCUUCUGGAUUCCAGGAGUAGCCAUUUUCCUAGCCUUUAAGAAACACUGAUGGGUUUUGUCCAGCUUUUUCCCCAAGUUCUUCACCUAGCCACUUAAUGAAAAAUAAACAGGAGGUAGAAAUAAAGCUCUACCCAUUUGAUUUCAUCUUCAUCCUCUGUCAGUUCUCCUGUUAGGCUCUGUUUCCUUGCAACUUGACAUAUGGUUGGUUGACUGUUCAUCUUCUUUGCUGCCCACUCUGUCAAGUCAUGUAAAUCCUGCGGGUUAAAAAUAAUCAACCCGAAUUAAUAAUUUGUGAACAUUUAGAUGCCUAAAAACUGGGGACAGGAAUUCUUAUUUUUCAUUUAGUAUGUUACUAGUGCGUAAAAAGAAAAGACGAAGAAAGAGCUGUUGAUUGGAGUUGAUAAUUAAUUCCUAAUAAAAUCACAAGAAUUGGCUGUAGAAGUCGAAGGGCCCAACGGACAUGAGUAUAAAUGCCAAAGAUGUCACAAAGGGAGGUAAAGGCCGUAAAUCUAGUACAAGUAAAUUUCAGCCAAAUGCAGGGAACUUUGGUACAUUUUGUGCAGCCUGGAGCAGCGACCUCUUUGAGCCUGUCCUUCAUGGAAAGGUUGCAGCUCCAAGUCUUCCUCUACAUGGUGCACAGAAGCCCUGAUUCCCAACCCGUUAGAGAAUCAGGCCAGUGGUUUUGUAUUCCUAACCAGCGCUGGAUGGGCAAAACCAAAGAUGAAGGCAUCAACCUAAAAGUCCAUCACCAAGUUUUUUUGUUUAGCAGCUCACAUCUUAUGAGAUAGUACUUAACUAUGAUCUUUAUUCAAGGCCAAAAUCUUAUCUAGUAUCCAUGCCUUUCCACCCACAUAAGAUGUCCAAUUUCAUCCCUCAAAAAUAUUCAAGUUAAAGGUAGAAACCACCUAAGAUUAGACUCCAAUGGAGCUACUACAAUAGAUUACACAGUACCUAUUCUCUUAAAAAAAAAAUCAGAAGUUAAUUCUGAGCUAAUAAAUGUGAGCUCUUGGCUUAUUAUUCUUAUUAUUGCAAAUGUCCUUAAUAUUCCUGAAAAAGUAAAGAGCUUCCAAGAAUGUGAUUGGAGGGGAGUUCAAAGGAAUGAUUGUUUUUCAUUUACUCUAAUUUAACCAUAUUCUUUCAUCUGCAAUCAAAUCUUAAGACUAAGGAUGUUGUAUUAAAGCAAAUCAUUGCAGGAAGUAUGACUGUAUCAGGGACUUUUUACAAAAACAAACUUCCAGAUCAUGAGAGGAAGCUGUGUUUGUGUGCUGACACAGAGUAUUAAACAGCCAUCAGGAGAGGAAGGCUGUCAUCAGGAUGACAGCCAACUUGGAUCUAUUUUUGAAGAAUUAUUUCUGCAGGGUGUCAUGGAAUUGUAAGUUACAAAAAAGAAUGCUUUAGUAAACAGUCAUCUCCAUUCCAAAAGGACCCGCUCCAAAAUACGACUUAAUGAAAUUCACAGGAAUGUUAUGAAGGUGGAAAUCCCACGUGACAUGCAGAUUUUACGAGCAAAUAGUCCCACUACUUGUAAGUCCUGGCGGUGUGCGUUUACCAAAAUCUCCAUCACACUUCACUCCCUUGCUAUAUAUAGCACUCCAUCUGAUCACUAAACCAUGCUACCAGAUGCGUGUUCUUGUUUUCCUCCAAUUUUUAAACUAGUCUUCAGCCUAAAUUUGCUUUAGCAUAAUAGUGACGUGUUUCUUAAGGUUGAGCUACUCUUUGGGACAUAUUAGAAAUCUCAGACUAACCAAUAUGUGUGUACCCCGUCACUGCUGAGCCCCGUCAUGCUCUGACAACUCAGCUUUAAAUAUGUACUUUUACAAUCUACAGAUUCAUACCUCUGUUUGUCAAACCGUUUCCUGUUUUUAUUGUAUCUCCAUCAUCUUUUCUUUAUAUAUAUACAUGGAAUCACUCUAAUCUGUGAAAUGACAGCAAAUACAAUAAAGCCAAUUUUAUAGUC